UUUCUCAUAAAUUCCAUAUUCUCCUGUUUAAUUUUAGAAAAGAGUAGAAAGAAAGAAAGAAAGAACAAGAAACCAAAUCAGUUGACGACAAAAACUACUACCACGCAUUGUCUACUAACGUACCCUUCCCCAAUUGUGGAGUCCUUCAAAGCACACCCAUCUUGAACCCUUUUCUUCCCCCUCUUCUUAUUCUUCUCUUUUAUCUCUCUCAACAAUUUCUUACAAAAAACAACAUAAAUCCCCAUCAUUUUUUAUUAAUCUUUUAUUUGAUUUGAUAAAAAAAAAAACACAGGAAAUUACUCAAAGUUUGAGACAAUUAGAAAUUUCUUUGGGGCUUUUGAUGGGUUUUGAGUGAAUUACAAAUCCCAUAAAGGUUUUUGUUUAAAUAAAUCAAUCAAGCCAUCUUUCAAGCUUUUUUAUGGUAGAUUCCUCUGUUUUUCUUUUGUUUUCUUAUUAAAUCAGAUCUAUCUUGUUGUUGAAGUUUCAGUUUUUUUCUGUUUGGUUUGAUUUUGCUGAGUUUAAAGAGGGAAUUUUUUGUCUUUGACUAGAGAAUUCUACUUUGAUUAGUUCUUCCUUUGAUUAUUUUGAUAAUUUAAUCAUAGUAAUUGAUCCCUUUUGUGUUUUGAUUUUUUGGGUUUUUAUUAGUAUAAAGUUAAGAACUUUUUGGGUGUAAUUUGUGAAUGGGACCAAUGCUUCAAGAUGAUGGAUCAUCUGUAACAUCUUCAUCACCCCUUCAAUUUUUCUCAAGAAUGUCCCCAAAUUUAGGUUCUCCAAACCCUUGGCUCAGAGAAUUAAAACCUGAAGAAAGGGGUCUUUACUUAAUACACUUAUUACUCAGUUGUGCAAAUCAUGUAUCUACUGGUAACCUAGAUAAUGCAAAUUUAGCCCUUGAACAAAUUUCCCAUCUUGCAUCCCCAGAUGGUGAUACAAUGCAAAGAAUUGCUGCUUAUUUUGCUGAAUCUUUAGCUGAGAGGGUUCUAAAAUCAUGGCCUGGUUUGUUUAGAGCUCUUAAUUUCACUAGAAUGCCUGUUGUUAGUGAGGAAAUUCUUGCUAGGAAGCUGUUUUUUGAGUUGUUUCCAUUUUUAAAGCUUGCUUUCGUUGUAACGAAUCAAUCGAUUCUCGAAGCUAUGGAGGGUGAAAAGAUGGUUCAUAUAAUUGAUCUUAAUGCCUCAGAGCCAGCCCAAUGGAUUGCCCUUAUUCAGGCUUUGAGUGCUAGACCUGAAGGGCCUCCUCAUUUGAGAAUUACUGGUGUUCAUCAACAAAAAGAAGUCUUAGAUAAAGUAGCUCAUAGGUUAACUGAGGAAGCUGAGAAAUUGGAUUUGCCCUUUCAGUUUAAUCCUGUUGUUAGCAAGUUAGAGAACCUAGAUGUCGAAAAGCUUCGUGUUAAAACCGGGGAGGCUUUAGCUAUUAGCUCGGUUCUUCAAUUGCAUACCCUUUUGGCUUGUGAUGAUGAUUCUCUUAGGAAGAUAAACUCUUUGGCAUUGUUAAAUCAUAUGAAUGGGGUUGGUAAUGGUAAUAGACGUAGUAGCCCGAGUAACGAUUCAGCUUCCUCGUCACCUACAUCGAUCAAUGCUUCAACGAAAAUGGAUGGUUUUCUUGCUUCUUUGUGGGGGUUAUCCCCGAAAAUUAUGGUGAUAACCGAGCAAGAUUCAAAUCAUAACGGGUUUGGACUAAUGGAGAGAUUAUCCGAGGCAUUGUAUUUUUAUGCUGCAUUGUUUGAUUGCUUGGAGAGCACCGCGUCUAGAUCAUCCCCCGAGAGAAGGAAAGUCGAGAAGAUGCUACUUGGUGAAGAGAUCAAGAAUAUAAUCGCGUGUGAAGGGGGGGAAAGAAGAGAAAGGCACGAGAAACUCGACAAGUGGAUGCAAAGGCUCGAUAUGGUUGGAUUCGGAAGCAUCCCUUUGAGCUAUAUGGGUAUGUUGCAAGCACGACGAUUGCUACAAGGACCGAAUUGUGACGGGUAUAGGAUCAAGGAAGAGAACGGAUGUGUCGUUAUUUGUUGGCAAGAUCGACCUCUUUUUUCUGUAUCAGCAUGGAGAUGUAGAAGAUGAAGAUUGAUUCAAUUGGAUAGAGUUUGUGUGUGUUGUUCAUUUAGUUUGUUUUCAAUCUUGUAUGAGACAAGUUUUGUUAAACAGCAGAUGUAUACCAGUAAAUCAUGAGGAAUAGCCUUUUUAGUAGUCUCUUCAAGCAUUACCUUCUUUUUUUGGUGUGUAUAUUGUAUGAUGUAUCAGUUUGUGUAAGUUAAUUCUACUACCAUAAUUUAAGUAA